AUGAAAAAAAAAAGAGAGCGACUUUCUAAUGAAACUAGUUCUGAAUCAAAAGAAGAACCUAGUACAACAAAUACUUCUAAUUCACAGCCUUCAACUAAUUUACAGUCUUUAACAGACAUUUCUAAUUCACUAAGAAAAGUACAAAAGAGUAAUAGAUACUACGAAGCUACUUGUUAUUAUUGUAAUACAUCUUGGUCAAGAGGAAAACUGGCAAAAUUAGAAGCACAUUUAGCAAAUGAAUAUAAUAGUUGUCCAAAUGAUAUAUCAUGA